AUGCUGAAAUCAAUUUUAUUUCUUGUUAGUACGUUAUUAGUUGCUAAGACUUAUGCAGAUGACAGUACAGCCGAAUCAUUAUAUGGUACUUGGUCGUCGAAAUCAAACCAGGUAUUUACAGGACCAGGUUUUUACGAUCCAGUCGAUGAACUUUUAAUAGAACCUUCUUUACCAGGUCUUUCCUAUUCAUUCACUGAAGAUGGGUAUUUUGAAGAAGCCACUUACCAGGUUAGUGGUAAUCCAAAGGACCCUGGGUGUCCUCUUGCCGCAGUCAUAUAUCAACAUGGUACAUAUAAUAUUUCAAGUAAUGGUACUUUAGUGUUAACUCCUUUCAAAGUAGACGGGAGACAAUUAUUAAGCGAUCCAUGUAACGAUGAGGGGGUCUCUGUCUACUCAAGAUACAAUCAAACUGAAACUUUUAAAUCUUUUGCUGUUGGUAUUGAUCCUUACCAUGGUGUUUAUAAAUUACAAUUAUAUCAAUUUGAUGGUUCUCCAAUGCAACCUCUAUAUUUGGCCUAUAGACCACCUAUGAUGUUGCCUACAGUGACAUUAAACCCAACAGAUAACUCGGAUGAAAGAGCUUCGGAAACUGGUUCUUCAAAUUCUAAAAGAUCUUUAAGUGAAUUGGUUAAGAGGGGCUUAGAAAACAAACAUAAAACUAAUGCUAUAAAAAACAAACAGUUAGGUUUCAUGUCCUCGGAUGUUUUCUGGUAUAUCUCUAUGACUUUAAUUGGUGUUGGUUCUGUCGCUUUUCUAGCCUAUUAG